AUGACUUCAGUCAUCUCUAAGUUUGUCCUCCAGACUCUGUGCGACCACCAGGGAUGUCUGGACUUCAAGCGGCUGGACCAGAAGCUCGCACAGAACUUCACUGUGGCGGAACCGGUCCUGAGAAGUGUCCUCUACGACGACGGUAAAAUAGCCAUCCAGGAAGGCAGACAGAAGGUCGUCGGUAGACGGAUAACCAGCCAGGAUAGUCUGAUAGUUGCUAAAACCAGCCUGCGCCUCUGUCAGAAGAGACCCGGAGAGUGUCCACAGUGUGACGGCUUACACCUGUGCAGGUAUUACGUGUGCGGAGACUGCAGCUUCGGACUCAAGUGUAAAAAUCCCCAUACUCUGGCUUCUCCAUACAAUGCAGAGCUUUUGAAAAGACAUGGUCUUCACGAUUUCACGGAGAAACAGCUGUUCCAGCUGUUGCUGCAGAAUGAUCCUUAUCUAGUUCCUGAGAUCUGCCCACAUUACAACAAGGGCAACGGUGUGCAUGGCUCCUGCAAGUUCGCCACCUCGUGCACUAAGCUUCACGUCUGCCUGCACUAUCUCCAGGGUGACUGUAAGUUUGGCUCUUCGUGUAAGAGACCCCACAAUGUCGACGCGAACGGAACGAAGAUUCCCCGAGGAUUCAGUCAGGAGAAUAUUAGAAACCUUCCUGAGAUCUACAGAAACAAAUUCAUCAUCAUGGGUCAACAGGAGAGACAAGCGACUGCUGUUCCCGCGCUGCCAGAGGUGAGAACCCCCAUUCAGCAGCCUUCCCACAGCAAACCUGGAUCCCCCACGAGUUCCGCUUGUCCAUCUAAACCCAUGAGCGAUGCUGACAGGAACGAAAUCUGCCUCUUCUUCAUGCGCAGACACUGCAGCUUCAAAGAUAAGUGUGCUCGUGUCCACUGGCACCUCCCUUACAGAUGGCAAGUGUUAGACAGUGAUGGUGUGACCUGGAAGGACCUGCCUAAUAUGGAAGAUAUUGAGAAGGCCUACUGUGACCCCGGACAUAACACAAGCUGCGUUGAUCAACUAUUGACCACCUUAGGGAUUUUCAGAUUUCUGACUCUUCAAAGCUCUGCAUCCCCCGCCGUGCAGUCAGUUGACUUCAUGACAAUGACAUAUGGAGGGUCUCCAGUUCAUCGCCUGUCCACUGCCUCCUCCGUUUCAAAGCCCCCUCACUUCAUUCUUACAACACAGUGGCUUUGGUACUGGAAGGAUGACAGCGGGGAAUGGAUGGAGUUUGGACAGGGUGACGGUGACGCGCAAGCCUCUGUCACCUCUCAAACUCUGGAGAAUGUGUACCUGGCAGACAGAGACACAGAGAUUCCUUUUGGUGCUGGCAAACAUCAGUAUAUCCUCCACUUCAAAGGUGCGCUGGGAACACAGCAGAUGCAUCAGCAGAAUGUGAAGUACCAAACCAAGAGAGAGGUCAGGAGGAGGCCUCACUUUGUGUCUGCUCAUGAUGUGGAGCUGAAGCUAAAGAGUGCAUCAUCAAACAGCUCCAGCUCCUCCACAGCUGAAAGUUUCCCAUCCCACUGGGACAAGCAUGCCCAACCGAAUUUUGGCCACAAGCUCGUGGCUCUCUCCAAAUCUGCGAAGGAGUAUAAUAUGAUUGAGAAGCUGUUUAAUCGCACCAUGCCCCUGAAUAAAAUUAACAACAUCCAGAGGAUCCAGAACCCCUCUCUGUGGAAAGUCUUUCAGUGGCAGAAAGAGCAGAUGAAGGAGAGGAACGGAGGGAAACCUGUGAAUGAGCAGUACUUGUUCCACGGGACAGACGAGUCCCUGAUUGAGGCCAUCUGUGAGCAAAACUUUGACUGGAGGAUGUGUGGUGUCCACGGCACGGCCUACGGCAAAGGGAGUUACUUUGCCAGAGAUGCGUCCUACUCCAACAGAUAUGCCAUGGCCAAAAGAAACCUGAACAAGAUCAUGUUUGUUGCUCUGGUCCUGGUGGGGGAGUACACCAAGGGAAGCAGCAGCUACGUCCGGCCCCCACCAAAAGGAAACGGCACAACCCUCUACGACAGUUGUGUUGACAGCAAGAGCGACCCCAGCAUCUAUGUUGUCUUUGAAAAACAACAGAUUUAUCCAGAGUAUAUCAUCGACUACUCAUAAGUCACAAUGCUGUUGUUUUCCUUUGCCGGAUGGUCAGGGGUAAAUC